UCGCUCCUCGUCGCCAGUGUCCGUCUGACAGCCUUAGUGAACGUGUGGCCAGGUCGAACGUCCUCCAAUUUCAUGCCGUACCAAAUCGAUUCGGAACCAGAUAUGGAGGAGGAGGAUCUCCGUAUCAGUGUGGUGGACGUUUAUGACUUGGCCUCGGAAAUUGGCAAGGAGUUCGAGAAGAUAAUAGACAAAAAUGGAGCAGAUGCGGUGACUGGGCUCAUGCCUAGGGUGAUCAGCGCCCUCGAACAGCUGGAGAAGUUGGCAACGCGGCAUGAAUCCACGUCCUCGUACAUCCAGGAACUGAGGGCGACCAUCACCCACCUCGAGAAUGAGAAGAUCGGCAAGGCUGAGGACCGGCAGCGCUACGAGAAGGUAUGUUGUGCGCAUCCGGUGACCUUGCAUGGGAAAUACUGAGCUUAGGUGAUGUAAACUACGCCUUUUUUCUACUCUUGUGUGUUAUUGUUAUGCAGUAAAGCGUCGAAUUAUAUUAUGUUUGUGUUUUAUUUAUUUAUCUAUUGUUCAUGAAGUCGUAUUUUUGGAGGGUUUCACUUCUCAUAUAUUGGGGAAAUCUUGAUGUACUUGAUGUGGUCAAUGAACAGAACCAAAGUAAAUGGAAAGUAAUGAUGUUUUGGUAAAAGGGAAGAAGACUAAGAACACGGUUUAGAAGGAUAUUGAAUAAGAGAUAAUGAUGAUAAUUAUGUAUAUAGUAUGAUGUGAUCAGAAGAAUGAAAAGUAAGAAAAAAUGAGAAGAAAAAUACAGAAUGAAUAAACGUAAUAGUGGUAAGAAAGAACACAUUAAAAAAUCGGUAAAGGUGAUAGUCGUGACCACUGAACCGAAGGUGAAAGGGUGAAAAGGGUCGGAAGUCCGUGCAGUUUGAUACUUUGCAUGCAUUAGGGGUUUAA